AUGGGUCAGGGCGGAGAAAAAGCAUACUACGCGCUGCAGCUUCUUGUUGGGCCCGUGGAGAAACACCCGGAUCUCUCUCUCUCUGAUGUGCCAUGCACCUUUAUUACUUGUAUACUUCAGGGAGUGGGUCCGAUCGAAGCAUCUAGCCCUGACUGUGGAGCGCUGCUCCCUUUCGUCGGACGGCACGACAGAAAACAAAGCGCUUCGCGGUCCGAGCGCAGCGCUGCUAGGCAUUUAAGAAAGCAGUGCUUCAUUACAGCACUUUUUAGGCAAAGAGUGAGGCGCUGGGGGCCUCCCACCCGUGGGGAGCGUAGCUUCUGA